AUGGCCUUGGAUGUUCAAAAAACCACCGGUGGCCGUGAAUACAAGGUCAAGAACCUGUCUCAGGCAGACUUUGGCCACCUAGAGAUCGAGAGCGUUGAGAUGGAAAUGCCCGGUCUCAUGGCUUGCCGUGCUGAAUUCAACCCUUUCCAGCCUUUCAAAGGAGCCAGAAUCACCAGUUCCCUCCCCAUGACCAUUCAAACCAUUGUCCUCAUCGAAACUCUAAUUGCUCUUGGAGCCGAAGUUCGCUGCAUCUCCUCCACUCAGGAUCACGCUGCCACCGCCAUCGCUCGUGACAACGCCUCCAUCUUCGCUUGGAAGGGGGAGACUCUUCAGGAGUACUGGUGGUGUACCGAACGUGCCCUUGACUGGGGUCCUGGUAGUGGUCCGGAUCUGAUAGUUGGUGACGGUGGCGACACCACCUUCUUGAUCCAUGAGGGUGUGAAAGUUGAGGAGAUAUAUGCGAAGACUGGUAAGUUUCCGGACCUGUCUUCUACUGAUAACACUGAGUUCCACUUCCACAUUGUUCUCAGUAUGAUUAGGGCUGGGUUGGAGGCUGAUCCCAUAAGGUACCACAAGACGAAGGAGAGACUAGUUGGUGUCUCUGUGAAGACAGCCGAUGCUACUGAGAGGCUUUACCAGAUGCCAGCUAAUGGAACCCUCUUGUUCCUUGCCAUCAGUGUCAACCACUCUGUUACAAAGAGGGGGUUCAUUAACUUGUACGGUUGCCGCUACGCUGCUCUUGAUGGGAUAAAGAGAGCCGCCAACAUUACGAUUCUUGGGAAAAAAGCUGUUGUGUGUGAAUAUGAUGAUGCUAGCAAGGGAUGUGCUACCGCACAGUCCGCACUUAAGCUGGCUGGAGCUAAUGUGGUUGUGUAUACGGAUGAUUCCAACCAUGCCCUUCGAGCUCUCUUAGGAGGUUUCGAAGUUACUAAGAUCCUCGACGAUGUUGUUCCUGAGGCAGACAUAUUCGUGACCAACAUCAAACGAGACAAUAUUGAUGUUGUUAAACACGUGACGAAGAUGAAGAACAACGCGGUUAUUUACAACAUUAUGGAUCCAAUAUUAGACCCUCGCAGCAACACGGGAUACCCUGAUUUGAUGCCGUCUUGGUCUUGUGCAAGCCAUGUGGUUGCUAUGCUUGAGUUGUGGAGCCUGAGAAGGACUGGUAUAAGUACGAGGACAAGGUUUAUGAUAUGCCUGAGCAUCUUAAAAGGAAGGUUUCUGAUCUCCACCUUCCCAAGCUUCCGGAGGCGAGCGUGGCUACGGCUGGUGACCCUAAGAAGGGUGAUAAGGUCAAGGGGAUACUAA